ACAGCGCGUAGCUUCUCCCUCUCUCCGCCACGCUCCCUCACAUUCACACACAAACACCACAGCCCUCCUCUGGGUCGGAGGAGACGCCAGCCAAAGGAGGCGGGGUUGCAGGAGGAGAGUCCGCUCUGCGCAAUCCAGUCCGGGACUUGGCUCCGCCCGGGAGCCGCGGCCUCUCCAGUGACAGAGGAGUAGUGAGCGGCACCGGGUGAGGCUGCAGCCAACUCCGCUCCCCGCGCACUCGGCCGCCCAGGCGCUCGGGACUCAGCAGCGGCGCUUCUCCGCGGGGCCGACCGCCCGCAAUGCCCGCUUAGGAGCAACGGCAGCGGCCAGCAUCGCCACACCCGGGCAGCAGCGCUCGCGGUCGCAGAGCGGGGGGUACAGCUUGCCCCCUGCCCCAGCCCCCACCCCGCCCCCCACCCUGAAAUGACUUGUUAAUCCGCGCGGACACCACCGAAGGGACUCACCGGAGUGGAAUCCAAGUGGAAUUUGGAUUUGGAGAAGAGUUUCUUGAACAUUUACUCCUUCCUUGUUGGUUUUUUUUUUCUUUUCUUUAUUUUUUUCCUCUCCCCUUCUGCGCCUGUCAUUGGAGAUGAACACAGCGCGUUUGCUUCCCAGAAAGUAGUCGCCGCGACUGUUACCCCCAAAGAGACGAACACACAUGUAGGAAUGACAAAGGCUUGCAAAGGAGAGAGCGCAGCUUGCGGCCCGGAGAGAUCUCCUCGAUAAUGGAUUACUAAAUGGGAUACACGCUGUACCAGCCCGCUCCGAGCCCCGGCCGCCUGCCCGUCGAUGCACCGAAAAGGGUGAAGUAGAGAAAUAAAGUCUCCCCGCUGAACUACUAUGAGGUCAGAAGCCUUGCUGCUAUAUUUCACACUGCUACACUUUGCUGGGGCUGGUUUCCCAGAAGAUUCUGAGCCGAUCAGUAUUUCGCAUGGCAACUAUACAAAACAAUACCCGGUGUUUGUGGGCCACAAGCCAGGACGGAACAGCACGCAGAGGCACAGGAUGGACAUCCAGAUGAUGGUGAUCAUGAACAGAACCCUCUACAUUGCUGCUAGGGACCAUAUUUAUACUGUUGAUAUGGACACCUCACACACAGAAGAAAUUUAUUGUAGCAAAAAACUGACAUGGAAAUCGAGACAGGCUGAUGUAGACACAUGCAGAAUGAAGGGAAAACAUAAGGAUGAGUGUCACAACUUUAUUAAAGUCCUUCUAAAGAAAAAUGAUGAUACUCUGUUUGUCUGCGGAACUAACGCCUUCAACCCUUCUUGCAGAAACUAUAAGAUGGAUACUCUGGAACCUUUUGGGGAUGAAUUUAGUGGAAUGGCCAGAUGCCCAUACGAUGCCAAACACGCCAACGUUGCACUGUUUGCAGAUGGGAAACUAUACUCAGCCACAGUGACUGACUUCCUUGCCAUCGAUGCAGUCAUUUACCGGAGUCUUGGAGACAGCCCAACCCUACGGACCGUCAAGCAUGAUUCCAAAUGGUUGAAAGAACCAUACUUUGUCCAAGCAGUGGAUUAUGGAGACUACAUCUACUUCUUCUUCAGGGAAAUAGCAGUGGAGUACAACACCAUGGGAAAGGUAGUUUUCCCGAGAGUGGCUCAGGUUUGUAAGAAUGACAUGGGAGGAUCUCAAAGAGUCCUGGAGAAACAGUGGACGUCCUUCCUGAAGGCUCGCCUCAACUGCUCGGUUCCCGGAGACUCUCAUUUUUAUUUUAACAUACUCCAGGCGGUCACAGACGUGAUUCACAUUAACGGCCGUGAUGUUGUGCUGGCCACCUUUUCCACACCUUAUAACAGCAUCCCCGGGUCAGCAGUGUGUGCCUACGACAUGCUUGACAUUGCCAAUGUUUUCACGGGGAGGUUCAAAGAACAGAAGUCUCCAGAUUCCACUUGGACACCAGUUCCUGAUGAACGCGUGCCCAAGCCCAGGCCAGGUUGCUGCGCUGGCUCAUCGUCCUUAGAAAAAUACGCAACCUCCAAUGAGUUUCCCGAUGAUACCCUGAACUUCAUCAAAACGCACCCACUCAUGGAUGAGGCUGUGCCUUCUGUCAUCAACAGGCCGUGGUUCCUGAGGACGAUGGUCAGAUACCGCCUGACCAAAAUUGCAGUGGACACUGCUGCCGGGCCGUAUCAGAAUCACACUGUGGUUUUCCUGGGAUCAGAGAAGGGAGUCAUCUUGAAGUUCUUGGCCAGGAUAGGAAACAGUGGUUUCCUAAAUGACAGCAUCUUCCUGGAGGAGAUGAGCGUUUAUAACCCUGAAAAGUGCAGCUACGACGGAGUGGAGGACAGGAGGAUCGUGGGCAUGCAGCUGGACAGAGCCAGCGGCUCGCUGUACGCUGCGUUCUCCACCUGCGUGGUAAAGCUGCCCCUCGGCCGCUGCGAACGACACGGCAAGUGUAAAAAAACCUGCAUCGCCUCCAGAGACCCAUACUGCGGGUGGGUAAAGGAAGGAGGUUCCUGUGCCCACCUGUCACCCAGCAGCAGACUGACUUUUGAACAGGACAUAGAACGUGGCAAUACAGAUGGCCUGGGAGACUGUCACAAUUCCUUUGUGGCCCUGAAUGGGCACUCCAGUUCCCUCUUGCCCAGCACCACCACGUCAGAUGCGGCGGCUCAAGAGGGGUAUGAGUCUAGGGCAGGAAUGCUGGACUGGAAGGAUCUGCUCGAUUCACCUGACAGGACAGACUCUUUGGGGGCGGUGUCUUCCCGUAAUCACCAAGACAAGAAGGGAGUGAUUCGGGAAAGUUACCUCAAAGGCCAUGACCAGCUCGUCCCUGUCACCCUCCUGGCGAUUGCGGUCAUUCUGGCUUUUGUCAUGGGGGCUGUAUUCUCUGGCAUCAUUGUCUAUUGCGUCUGCGACCACAGGCGCAAAGACGUGUCCGCUGUGCAGCGCAAAGAGAAGGAGCUCACCCACUCGCGCCGGGGCUCCAUGAGCAGCGUCACCAAGCUCAGCGGUCUCUUUGGGGACACCCAGUCCAAAGACCCGAAGCCGGAGGCCAUCCUCACACCACUCAUGCACAACGGCAAGCUCCCCACACCCGGCAACACGGCCAAGAUGCUCAUCAAGGCCGAUCAGCACCACUUAGACCUGGCGGCCUUGCCCACCCCGGAGUCCACCCCGACCCUGCAGCAGAAGCGGAAGCCCAGCCGCGGCAGCCGCGAGUGGGAGAGGAACCAGAACCUCAUCAACGCCUGCACCAAGGACAUGCCCCCCAUGGGCUCCCCUGUGAUCCCCACGGACCUGCCCCUGCGGGCCUCCCCCAGCCACAUCCCCAGCGUGGUGGUCCUGCCCAUCACGCAGCAAGGCUACCAGCACGAGUACGUGGACCAGCCCAAAAUGAGCGAGGUGGCCCAGAUGGCGCUGGAGGACCAGGCGGCCACCCUGGAGUAUAAGACCAUAAAGGAGCAUCUCAGCAGCAAGAGUCCCAACCACGGGGUGAACCUGGUGGAGAACCUGGACAGCCUGCCCCCCAAAGUCCCCCAGCGGGAGGCCUCCCUGGGCCCUCCAGGAGCCUCCCUGUCUCAGAACGGCCUGAGCAAGCGGCUGGAAAUGCACCACUCCUCCUCCUACGGCCUUGACUAUAAGAGGAGCUACCCCACGAACUCGCUCACAAGAAGCCACCAGGCCACCACUCUCAAAAGAAACAAUACUAACUGCUCCAAUUCCUCCCACCUGUCCAGAAACCAGAGCUUUGGCCGGGGAGACAACCCGCCCCCCGCCCCACAGAGGGUGGACUCGAUCCAGGUGCACGGCGCGCAGCCCUCGGGCCAGGCCGUGACUGUUUCGCGGCAGCCCAGCCUCAACGCCUACAACUCGCUGACGAGGUCGGGGCUGAAGCGCACACCCUCGCUAAAGCCGGACGUACCUCCCAAACCCUCCUUUGCCCCCCUUUCCACAUCCAUGAAGCCCAAUGACGCGUGUACAUAAUCCCAGGGGGAGGGGUCAGGUGUCGAACCAGCAGGAAAGGCCAGGCGCGCGCCCAGCUCGGCGAGGCCCUCCACUGCCUGAGUACCCACCAGACCAAGAUGGCCGCGGCGGAGCGGAGGACGCUGGGUCCCCCCUCGGGGGCGCAGGGGGACCCUGGAAAAUUGGGCCACGUGGUUGGGUGAAGGUUUGCGACGCGGGACUCACCUCCAUUCUCUGACUUCACUCUCCCCUCACACCGUGCAGCAGGUCGGACUCACGAGAGACUUAAAUUAUCAUCACAAACAUGAGCCAAAAGCACAUACCCACCCACCUUCCCACGCAUGCGAGCGCGCACGCGCACGCACACACGCUCACCCCACCCACACCCACACCCACACCCACACCCACACCCACAUCCGCAGGUGAACAAUGACUGCAACAUGUUGUCCGUGACUGCACCGGGCGCCUGCAAACAGGGCUGGCGUUCCACCUGCAAAACACAGAUACAUUUUUAAAAAUCAUGAAAAUUAAAAAGACAAAAAAAUAAAGAAUUCAUUGAUAAUUCUAACUCAGAACUUUAACAAUGGCAGAAGUUUACUAUGCGCAGAUACUGUGAAAUGCCCACCAGUGUUACACCUUUCUGUUAUUAGCAGAUGAACGCCAUGUUGGGCAACUAUGUCAGAUUUCUGCUCCUCUCUUUUAAUGAAAUAACGUGACCGUUAACGCAAGUAACUCUUUAUUUAUUGUUCACCCUUUUUUUCCUUAAGGAAAGGACUCUUCCACAUACCAUCCAAUGAACAGCUCUUCAGAAAGCCCCUUGAAAGUUAAACUAUUUAACGUGAAAUCCAUUAACUGGAAUAAUUGAGUUUAUUUUUACAAUAAAUUCACUGAGUAAAUAA